AGUCGCACCUUUUUCAUGGUUUGGCCUGGGAUUUAUACUCAGGUGCGUCUUAUAUAUUAAAAUAUUUACGGUAAUUUCACAUGCUCGUUCAGCCACGAGGGGGGGCGCUCUAGGCUCGCGUGCCAGUAUCUGCUACUCCUAUUAAUCCACUGAAAGACAACUGAAACAGACGGAGCACAAAUGACUGCAAAAAGAAAGUCAUACUCUGCAGAUUACAAGCUGCAGGUGGUGAAAUAUGCAACCCAACACGGUAACCGAGCAGCAGCGAGACAGUUUGGAGUGAGUGAGACACUUGCGAGGAGCUGGCGAAAAGCGGAGGACACUUUGAGUGCAAUGAAGAAAACAAAAAAAGCGAAUCGCGGGCUAAAACCUAGAUGGCCACAGCUGGAGGAACGACUUCACAGAUGGGUGCUUGAACAACGUGCUGCCGGGAGACGCUUGAAGACGGAGCACUUACGUCUGCACGCCCAGGUGGUUGCCAAGGCGAUGGAUAUAAAAGACUUUGCGGGAGGACCUUCGUGGUGUUACCGCUUCAUGCAACGCAACCACGUCUCUAUGAAAGCACAGACAGCGAUGUCCCCAAAACUGCCAGCAGACAAGGGCGACAGUUUUAGUAAGUUUGUUGAAAAGAGAAAGUCAUACUCUGCAGAUUACAAGCUGCAGAUAGUGAAAUAUGCAGCCCAACACGGUAACCGAGCAGCAGGGAGAAAGUUUGGAGUGAGCGAGAAACUUGCGAGGUACUGGCGAAAAGCGGAGGACACUUUAAGUGCAAUGAAGAAAACAAAAAAAGCGAAUCGCGGGCUAAAACCUAGAUGGCCACAGCUGGAGGAACGACUUCACAGAUGGGUGCUUGAACAACGUGCUUCCGGGAGAGGCUUGAAGACGGAGCAGUUACGUCUGCACGCCCAGGUGGUUGCCAAGGCGAUGCAUAUUAAAGACUUUGCGGGAGGAUAUUCAUGGUGUUACCGCUUCAUGCAACGCAACCACCUCUCAGAGACAGUGAUGUCCCCAAAACUGCCAGCAGACUCCCAAGACAAGGGCGACAGUUUCAGUCUAAUGGCUGAUAAGAAGCAUUUGCAAAUCGAAGAGGAAGAGGACGAGAGAAACCUGAACUACAAACCUCCAGUCCAGAAGUCUUUGGAGGAGAUUCAGGAACUGGACAAAGAUGACGAGAGCCUGGUCAAGUACAAGCAGACCCUGCUGGGGCAGGUACUUAGGGCAGACCUCUCGGUGCCAAAUGUCCAGGUGACCAGGAUGACCCUGCUUUGUGACGAAGCACCUGGACCAUUGACCAUGGACCUGACAGGAGACCUGCAAGCUCUAAAGGAGAAGAGCCUCGCCUUAAAGGAAGGAGUGACAUACAGACUAAAGAUAGACUACAAGGUGAACAGAGAAAUCGUUGCUGGCUUGAGGUACCAUCAUGUGAUCAACAUAAAAGGAGUACACAUUGGCAAGGUAUCAUACAUGGUGGGAAGUUAUGCCCCAAAGGCAGAGGAAUAUGAGUUUGUAUUCCCGGAUGAUGAGGCACCCAAAGGCUUGAUGUCACGUGGCUCCUAUGGGAUCCGUUCUCGCUUCACCGAUGACGACAAGAAUGUCUACUUGGACUGGGAGUGGAAGCUCGAUGUCAAGAAGGACUGGGAUUAACACAAUGCUCUUCUUUCAGUCCUAUUCUUCACCACCCUCUUUCCCUUCCCUCUCUUUAGUCAACCUCCACUUCGUCCUGUGAGAGCAGCCUUGCAAUGGCCUGAGACAGGAGGCUCUACUUCUCCUUCUCCUCUUCUUCCUCCUUAUUCUCCUCUUCUACCUUUUUCUUCCUCGUCUGUUUAACGCUGUUCUCCUGAGUCACAGGGACUUUUAGAAAAGAGAGUCCCCUCCUCUUUCUGCCUUCUGUCCCUGCCCUGUUUUCUUUUCCUCUUCUACAUCCCAUCCAUCCAGAGCUGUCUACAUGAUGAAGCUUUGGUCCUGACAAGUCCCCCCCUUUUUUGUUUCAGCUUCCUUUCUGCCACCCUUCCUUCUCAUCCUUUCAUGUAUCCCUGCCUUCAUAAAGCAGCAGUGGAGGGUUAAAGGAAGUCAGUUUGAGGCACAAAAAGGGAAAUACAAUAUAUACAAUGCAUAAUUACAAACCAUCAAUCUGUCAGAGUUUUCCAAAGAGAAGAGAUGAAAUAUGUAAAUACAGACUGCAUUAGGAUGUUCAACAGGAAUUCAGACGUCAGAACGUUUGUUAAAAAGUCAAAGAGAGUUGAGAGAUGGGCGCAGAGAGGAGCGACAUGAGGCAAUGAUACUGUGUCAGAUGAAAAGGACAGGUGUAUGCCGGUGUUUUGAAAACAAAGGGAAGUUAGUUAAUGUGAUUUUGCUGAUUUUUCCUGCUCACCAACGUGGUCAACAGAUGGCGCUGUGGCAGAAGCUGUAGAUGGGUUUUCAUCCACCUGUUGUUAUGCACAAAAAAUUUAAAUGCUGAAAAUUUAAACUUUGUUUUUAUGCUAGGCUGAGGUGGAAAAGUUAAAAGCAAAAUGCAACAAUGUGAGCUAGAAAGACGGAACACACAGUCUGAACACACAAAUGUAACUUAUAAUUACACUUUACAAUGAUAUCUCCAUCCCGAGUAAACAUCCAUAAAUCCACUUAGAAAAAGAGGGUCAGGUUCCUCAAUAAAUUCAAAACAUGCAUGAGAAUCAUCCUGGGGUUAUUUUUUAACAGUGCCAAUUUGCUGAAAUUGAAACAGAAAUACUCAAAAUGUUGUGUAGUGGGUUUAAGUUGUAGAUGAGUUGGAUACAUUGAUAUAUUUUUUUUAGGCUUUCUCCUCCUUUCUGUCACAUCUUUCUUGUUCAUGUAACUGUAUGUUCAGUUAGGUUCCAUUUCAUUAGUUACAACAUAUCUAUAUCCAUAUCUAUCCCAAGUCAUAGGGUUUUGAUUGAUUAUUUUGUUGACUGAUUGAGGGAAGGAGUACAAUAAAAUUAUUUGAAGGAAGAAUUUUUUUUCUAUCAUGUUUUCUCUUACUUUAAUAUCAUAUUAAUUAUAUUGCAUAAUGAUUUUCUGCUUUUUAAUUGCAGUAAACAAAUCAAACAACAAAUACUUUUUGAAAUCACACACGUAGAAAAAACAGAACAGUAUACAUCAUCAUCUCCACAGUAAGAAAAUGAUGUUUUAGAAUUUAAAAAAUAGCUCUGAUCGUCCAAAUACUGUCUUUACAAACUGUUAAUAAACUGUGAUGAUGAAAAUAUCAAUCACCUCUUCUCACAUGCACAAGCUCUUUAGCUUGUGUUUUAUCAGAUUUAGACAUGGUGUAUUUUAACAUUGAAGUUUGCUUUCAAAGCACCAGUUUUCUCGAGUCUUUGUGGAGCAGACCAAUUAAAGACUGUAACCGAACUGUGCAUAUUGUAGAAAGAGAUGCAUGUAUGUCCUUUAGGAUUUGAUACUAUUCACUCAGUAAGAAAAGAACAAAAUUAUCCCUUUCUAAACCUCUUUCGUGUACCAAGAACACAAGAUGUGAAUAAAAUUCUGCUUUGAACAUUAAUGAAACAUUUUCAGAUGGUAGCUGAAAGAUGGAGUACUGUCUGAGGAGUAUACCAAGGAUGAAUUAAUUCUCCUUAAAAAAUAUGAAGUAUCAUUAUUGUGUUUAAGUCUUUGGAUAUGAUAUUGUCAUUGUUGCUGAACAUAUUGAACAUUGAAAUACCAUUUGAAAUCGUUGUGAUCUAAGACUAACUGUAAAUGUUGGCUUGUUGGGUGUUGCAUGGUUUAGCAAGAUUCUCUCUUCCUUUUUUACGACUUUAUUGUAAAAUUUAAUGUGAUUAAAAAAAAAAGAUACAAUGACGCAAUAUCCAGAUGUCAAUGGUUGCCAUAUACUGCAGAUACAGUAUUUACAGGGAUAUUUUUAAAGGCACAGAUACCUGGAAACAUUUGUCAGUGUCUAAUGCUCCAGCCUGUAACGAUCAAGUGCUGCAUCCCCAAAUAUUGGUGUCAAAUCUAGUAUCCUGUAUCUUUUAAUAAAGGCCAUUCAAACAA